UGCUACCACCAUAAAUAAUUGUUGGAAAGCUACUAAAAUUUUACCAGAAAAUAGUGAGCCAAGUAAAAGUGAGUUAGGUGGAACCGAGUUAGAUGAAAGUGAAUUAGGUGAAAAUAUGUUAGGUGAAAAUAA